AAUCAGCUUCAGCGGUCGCUCACAAAGCAAAAGCUUUUAGUUUUGUACAACUGAUAAGAAAAAGAAAUACAUACAAUUUGUAGCUGAACGGAUCAGCUGGAAAAUUAUUAGGACGUCGUCAGGGUCUCAAGCUGUACUGUAUACGUCUCAUUUCUCCGCUCUCCACCCUCAAGUACAAGUAUUGCGGCAGGAUGCUUGGUGCAAGAUUAGGCCAAUGGUUAAGUCUUCUCGUUUGCUGCUUGCUGAUAUUACUGAAAGCAGAAGGCGGUAGCGUAGGAAUUACUUAUCUGCAGAAUGCUGUAGCAAAAGGAGCUGUUUGUUUGGAUGGGAGCCCACCUGCUUACCAUUUCGACCCGGGCUCUGGCGCUGGGGUUAAUAAUUGGUUGGUUCACAUGGAGGGUGGAGGAUGGUGUGAAGAUGUAGAAAGGUGCCUUUCUCGUAGGAAUACUGAUUUAGGCUCAUCAGAGCAAAUGGUCAAGCAAUUUGGUUUCUCUGGACUUUUGAGCAGCCAGCAAAAAUCCAAUCCAGAUUUCUACAACUGGAAUCGGAUUAAGGUUAGGUACUGUGAUGGAUCAUCAUUCACAGGCGAUGUGGAGGCACCAGUUAAUAAUCUGUUCUUCCGAGGAAAUAGAAUUUGGGAAGCUAUCAUUGAAGAUCUAUUAGCAAAAGGAAUGAGAAAUGCUAAGAACGCUAUUCUUUCAGGCUGUUCUGCUGGUGGAUUGGCUUCAAUUUUGCACUGUGACAGAUUCCGAGCUCUCCUUCCGGCUGCAACUAAAGUAAAAUGCAUUUCAGAUGCUGGCUUCUUCAUUCAUGCGAAGGAUGUUUCUGGGGGGCAGCACAUUGAAAAUUUCUAUAGCCAAGUGGCUAAAUUACAUGGAUCUGUUAAGAAUUUGCCAGCAUCUUGCACUUCAAGAAUGAGUAUGAAACCAGAGUUGUGUUUCUUCCCACAGUACGUGGUGCAAACUAUGCAAACACCAAUCUUCUUCAUAAAUGCAGCUUAUGAUUCCUGGCAGAUCAAGAAUAUUUUGGCACCUACUGCUGCUGACUCUGGUAAGGCGUGGAAAAGCUGCAAGCUUGAUCUAAAGAAGUGUACACCUGGACAGCUCAAAAUCAUCCAAGAUUUCAGGGCACAAUUCUUAAGUGCCCUAACCGGAGCUGGCAACUCUUCGUCUAGAGGAAUGUUUAUAGACUCCUGCUAUGCCCACUGUCAAGCAGGAAAGCAGAUAACAUGGUCAAGCAACAAUUCCCCUGCAGUGGGUAACACGAAAAUCGCGAAGGCUGUUGGGGACUGGUAUUAUGAGCGGAGUCCCGUCCAAAAGAUAGACUGCCCUUACCCCUGCAACCCCACUUGCCAGAACACUGAUUCUGAGUCACAACUCCCAGAUAUAUAGACUUUGUUUCUGAUGCCGUAAUAAUUUAAUAAAAUCGAAGCAUAUCUAUGGUUCAUGUCUCCCAGCAGCUAAUCCCAUCACUCCCUAUCUGGGUUGUUGUUUUUUUCAAAAUUAUUCAAGUGUAUAAUCUCAGAAGCAAGGCUACAAGUUGUUUGAACUUGCAUCAUUACUUCUAGUCUUAUUUAUGCAAUCUUGUAAUGUAGUUGCCACUUAUGAUACACUUAAUAAAAAUAAAUUGAUCCUAGAUUUUUACUAGUA